AUGUUAGAUCCAGCGAUUCGCUUGAGAAAAAACAUCAUUGAUGGUAAUCUACUUAUAGUUAAAAGAUUGUUAAGAAGAUUUCCUGAUUUGCUAGAAAACAUAGAUAGUGAAAACGGAUGGUCUUCUCUCCAUUACGCAGCGUUUCAUGGGAGAUAUUUAGUUUGUGUUCAUUUAAUACAGUUAGGACACGAUAGUCAAGAGAUUUUAAAGACUUUUAAGGGGAACACAGCGGUUCAUUUAUCUAUUGUUAAUGGAGAUGAACAAAAUACACAUUUAUUAUUACAAAGAUUUCCUUCAUGCAUUGAUAUGAAGGGCGAUCACGGUUGGACACCAGUUCAUUUAGCAUGUAGAUAUAAUUAUCAUAAAUGUUUGGAAUUGUUAAUUAAUGUUGGUGCAAGUCUUGACAUUAGAGAUGAUGUUAAUGGUGAUUUUCCAUUACAUGUAGCUGUUAAAUAUGGAAGUUUGGAAUGUACUAAGUUACUAAUUGAACAAGGUGCAAAUGAUAAACUAUACAAUGAUUUAAGUUGGAAGCCAAGUGAUGUGGUUUAUAGUUUUGAGUUUUUGAAAAGUUAUCAAAAGCUAUUAAAAGAAUACAAAAAUAUGAUGACUUUAAAUGUGCAUAACAAGCAGCAAUUACAGAAUAAUAUUGAUGAAGAUAACAACACUGGUAUUACAAUUAAUAUGGCCAACAGCACUGAUAAUACCAUCAACAACAACAACAACAACAACAAUAAUAAUAAUAUACUGUUGCCACCACCAUCUAGUACAUUUUCUAUGAAAGGGGAAAUUAAUUCACCUGCAAGCAACGGGAGUCUAUUAUAUUCUCCAAUUAGUUUAGUUUCUAAUCGUGCCAAUAAUAACAUCAGCAAGAGCAACAAUUUUAGACUAACUACCCCAUUAGCGCUGCAGAAACCUACAUUUGAUACAAAUUUGAAUUUUGCUGUUACUCCUAUAAAUACAACCUUUAAUAUUGUUCCUGUUUCGGGAGCUGAAGGAUCCAAUUUAUUGAGUUCCCCUCAAGCGAUUAUAAACAACGGUACUCCAAAUGGAAUAUCCGGGGCUGUUAUAUCGAACGGUAGUAUUAAUAGUGGCAAUUUUAAAAAAUAUGAUUUAUCCGUGGCAACAUUGCCUUUAUUAAGAACUAAUCAAACUAAAUCCGAUUCCAAUACACGAUUAUCUAUUUCUUCAGUACCACCGAAUGACGCUGACGAGUCUCAUCUUAAUACUCGUAUUAAUAACUCGCGUCGAAAAUUUUCUUCAUCAACGACUUCCUCCAAAAGUAUGGAUUUCCAGAAUAUGACGACUCUUCCGUCAAAUAACGAACAACACAACACUAGUAUUGAUAACAAUAAUGUCAGUCAAAUACAUCUAGCUGUAAAUGAUCAACAACAAAACUAUACACAUGAAAUUAAUACUUAUAAUACCACCCAUGGUACCUAUACACCUGAUAUUUCUGUUUCUGAAGAUGCUUAUAAAUUUAAGAAACCAUCUUUACUAAAUAUACCCAUCAAUAGAAUUAGAAGAACAACAACAUCUUCAUCCGAAUAA